AUGGAAGUCAAGUCUCCUUCUUUAUUUAGCAAAACUCUUAUUCUCACCUACAAGAAUUUUAAAAUUCUCUUAGGCUCCAAAAUAUCAGCCUCCUUUUAUUUGAUUUCACCAGUUUUGCUCUGCAUAAUGAUGCUUUACCAACAAACUAUUGCAACUAAUUAUGUGAAUUCAGAAGAGAUAAUUAAUCCGAAAAUCUAUAACGUCAAUAAAAUCCCGAAGUGCACUGAGCCUGAUUGUUCAACACUAGCAUUUGGGUUUACUCAUGGCACAACAAAUUGAACAAACUAUACAAUUAAUCAUAUCUCGAAAACUAGCAAUUUUGCCAUAGGGUCUGAUAUUAUUUCUUACCCAAAUCUUAAUCAGACUGAAUUUGUGGAUAUACUGAAUAAGCAAGAGAGAAGGUCUCAGAUAGGGGUGCUAUUUUGUACAAAUACAAUAAAAAUAGGAGAAAAUGAAGUAUAUAUGGGAUUUGGUUGAAAUAAAUUUCUGGAUUAAAACUCUAUGACAUAAUUAUAUAGGAAAAAAAUUACUAUAAAGGAAGAAUAUUGUAAAAUUAAGGUAAAAUUGAUUACCUUGCGGAACACCUAAUACUAAUUCAACAAGUCUAAUCUAUGCAAUUAUCUACAAUUUCACAGGAGCAAACCCUUUCUUUAUGCUUUAUAAUAUUAAUGAGUAUAAUAUCCAGCAAGAAAUUAUAGCAACAAAAUUAGCUUUAGACCAAGGGUUAUUAUCAUUUGCAUCAUAUGAUCAUUCUAACGAAAAUAGUGAGAUUGAGCUUUCUAUUCAGCCUUUUCCUUCAACAGCCCACAGAUUUUUACAAAAAUAUAAUGUCGUUGCUAGUGUUGGGUCACUCUAUCUUUUACUCCCUGGAGUGUUUAUAAUGUCCCUUAUAGUCCAAGAAGUCGUCAAGGAAAAAUCGCAAUAUUUGAAAAUUUAUUUGCAUUUAUAUGGAGCCUCCUCUAUUUCUUAUUGGCUUUCUUGAAGCUCAAUAGGAGUCAUCCUUUCUCUGAUAUCAGGAAAUUUAUUUGUGAUUUUUGGGAAAAUUUGUGGGUUUGACGAGUUUACAAAAACUCCAUACAUGCUGCUUGCUAUUGUUAUUGCAUCUUUAAAUAUUGAUAUGAUGCUUAUGGGAUGCUGGGCUUCUACAAUGAUUAAAACGAGAAAUAUGGCUUAUUCUGCGAUUUUUGCAUUUUUAUUAGUAGGGUUCUGUUUGCAGGUGAUAGUUAGUAGCCCAAUUCUAAUAAUGUAUUUGAAUUUGAAUGAUUCCGCAGCAUGGGUAACUUGCAUAAAAUAUGCUCUGUAUAUGUAUCCUCCAUUUCAUAUGGCUAUGAUAUUUGUUAGGAUAACUAAAACAGCUGGUAGUCACUGAGAUAAAGAGCUCUUAACUUGGGUCGAAGGGACUUCCUACACCUGGGAUGAUCUAUAUAAACAAUUUCAAGGCCAAUAUAAGGAUUUGCAUUUUACUUUAACAUCGCCAUGGUUUUCUCUAGUAUUCUUAUGGGGAUUAUUUUUAUUUUAUUCAAUAUUGACUUUAUAUUUUGAUUCCAUCAUAAAACACAAUAAACCCAAAACACAGUAAAAUCUAUAUAGACACCCCUUAUUUUUUCUCAAUUUUUUAAAAUGCUGUACUAAAAACAACACUAAAGAAAGACUAAGAAAAUCCCUAUUAUAUGACUCAGAUAAAUUGAGAAUUAUAAAUUUGUCAAAAACUUACCAUUCCUACUGGAGCAAAAAUCAUAUAAAAGCUGUUGAUAAUUUUUGUUUAGAUUUAAAUAAAGAUGAAAUUGUGGGAAUUAUUGGCCAAAAUGGAGCAGGAAAAUCAACUCUGCUUUCUAUGCUAAUUGGAUGCUUAGUUCCUACCUCUGGGACUGCUGCUUUAGGAGAUCUGGAUUUGUUAGAAAAUGGCCUUGGAUUUAUCGGAUAUUGCCCUCAACAGAAUAUUUUGUGGGACAAUUUAUCAGGAGAAGAGCAUAUUUAUAUUUUUAGCUGGCUUAGAGGUGUUGAGUAUAGCCACAAUAUCCUAAAAAGUGUUAAUUUAGAAGAAAGCAAAGACGUGACAGCAAAUUGCUAUAGUGGCGGCAUGAAACGGAGACUUUCCCUCGCUAUUUCAAGUUUAGGGAGCCCAAAAAUUAUUCUAAUGGACGAGCCUACAACUGGUUUAGACCCAAUCAAUAAAAGGCAAGUCUGAAAAAUUAUUUGCAAUUUAAAGCAAGGCCGCAUAGUAGCCAUGACUACACAUUCAAUGGAAGAAGCUGAAAAUUUAUCAGAUAGAGUUGUGGUUAUGUCAAAAGGCAAAUUAAAAGCUGAGGGAACUCCUAUGCUUUUAAAAUCGACUUAUUCGACUGAAUAUACAUUUCAUGUGACUUCCAGCCAUCAAGACACUCUUACACAAAUAAUUCGGCAGAAAUUUCCCAGUGUAAAAAUUAAGACGUCAUCUAUGAAAAUUAUUGUGUCUAUUUAUGAAGGAUCUCCAGAAGUUAAAAAUAUGGUAAAGUUUAUAGAAAAUUCUGAAUUGGUGACUUCAUGAUCUAUUUCACAGGAUAGCCUAGAUAAAAUACUUUCUAUGCUUUCUCAUGAAAGUUUGGAAAAUAAUUUUGAGUUAAAAGAAAAAAUUAAUUAA